AACAUUUUAUUAAAAGAAAAAAAAAAAUAGAAUAACGACUAGUCGUUUUAUAGCCAUUAGUCCACUCCAUAGGUUGAUGCCCUAACAUCCAACUUCACCUCCAAAUACUCCAAUCCAAUCCAAGACACCUUCCCAACUCACCAAAAAUGGCGUGCACUACUGCCACGGGCUGCCAAUCUACCUGCUACAAAAACGAAGAAGAUGAUCACCAACCAACACCAACACCUUUGACCAGUUCGACUAAAUCACCCCAACCCAAUCCAAUCCCAAACGGUAAUCACCAUGGUCUCUGCCUCAAGUGCAAGGCAAACCACCCUAUAUCAUCAGCAUCCUCUGGCUCUGGCGAUGACGUCAGGUUCUGUGGUGACUGCUUUAGAAGCAAUCUGUAUGGGAAGUUUCGGCUGGCUGUCACUUCCAAUGCCAUGAUUUCGCCCACUGAUAAGGUCCUUGUUGCUUUCUCCGGCGGCACUUCUUCCAGGGUUGCUUUACAGUUUGUACAUGAGUUGCAAUACAAAGCACAACUGAAUUUUGAAGCAAGUAGGGAUAGAUCGUUGCCAGUCUUCGGUGUGGGAGUUGCUUUUAUUGAUGAAAGUGUUGCUUGUUCUGUUCCUUCUUAUGAAGUUAUUGAAGGAAUCGAAGAUAUCAGACAGAUUGUGUCAAGCUUAGCUCCUCCAACUAAAGAGUUACUAGUUUUCCCAAUUGAAAGUCUGUUCUCGUCCACAUCAACUGACGGAAAGGAUCAACUGAAUAGAUUGUUAGAUGGUGUUACUGAUGCCACUGGUAAAGAAGAUCUUUUGAUUCAUCUUAGGAUGUUGUCCUUACAAAAGAUUGCUGCUGAAAAUGGAUACAACAGACUUGUGCUAGGUUCAUGUACAUCAAGGAUAGCUUCCCAUGUUCUUUCAGCCACAGUCAAGGGGAAGGGAUAUUCCUUACCAGCAGAUAUUCAGUAUGUUGAUGCAAGGUGGAAUGUCCCUGUAGUGCUUCCACUUCGAGAUUGUCUAUCAGAAGAGCUUAACAUGCUUUGUGACCUUGAUGGCCUAAAGACUAUCGAGCUGAUUAAAAGUCCUUGCGCUGGAAUCAAUAGCCUGGUCUCAUCAUUCGUUAAGUUGUUACAGGAGGAAAAUCCUUCUCGGCAAAGCACAAUCGUCAGAACAGCAGGAAAGCUUACUCCAUUUGAUUUCAACAGGAUUCCCGAGAUCAUCGACACUAAUGUUCCAUUGGCCACUCGAAGGCGUCAGAAGAGAUAUAAUCUUAAGCCUAAUGAAUCAAUUUCUACAGAAUCAUUCUGUCCUAUCUGCAAUAGCCCUCUGAGUAAAUCUGAGGUUCUAAGCUCAACAUCUGUGGAAGACUCCCACAAAGAUUCUCAUCUCUUUCGUGUUGAAUGCUGCUCGAGUUGUCAGUUUCAGAUUCUUCCUAAAGAUCCCAUAUCAGUGGACAACUUCUACAUGUUGUUACCACAGCCAUUAGUUUCGAAAGCCAAGCAUAGCAAAUCUGACAAUCUCAGUAUUCUAAGGGAACAAAUAGAAGAUUGCUUACUUUCAGACAGUGAGGAUGAAACAUAAUAUUAUCACUUCUUAAGCAGCAUUAAAGUAUUGAUCUAAAUCAAUGUAGCUUUUUGAAAAAAUAUUUGAGGAGUAACAUAACAUGUUCAAAUACUAAGAGCAACACUUGCAUUUACAUUCCAAUGUUUCAAUUCAGAUAAAGCACAAAGUAUCAUAUUA